AUGGUUAAGGAACUUUUAAGGGUUCUGAGGAAUGUUCACGACGGCCUGAGCCUCUCGCAGGAGGCCGUGAGUGUCAUGGAUUCCUUCGUCAAGGACAUCUUCGAGCGCAUCACCAGCGAGGCCUCUCACCUGGUCCGCACCACCAAGCGCUCCACCAUCACCUCCAGGGAGAUCCAGACAGCCGUGUGCCUGCUGCUGCCCGGGGAGAUUGGCAAGUUCGCCAUGUCUGAGGCCAGCAAGGCCAUCAUGAGGUACACCCUCCGCCAAUGA